AUGGGCACAAUCGUAAAAAAAGGAAUAUGUCGUCACUACAGGCCGAGUUUAAAAACAACCAGCAGAUAUAAGCAAAAGGGUCGACCUAGUGCGGGAGUAUCGACCGGCGCGACCCUGCCGAGCUGGCACACUGCUGCCUCAGCAAAAGCUGCUUUUCCACCAUCAGCCCUUUUUAGAUGCUUUCUGCGACGAAUAAAACAGGUGUUUCCACAACCUAAUAUUAUGAAUUAG